GGACCAUCCCAGUGUGAUAAAGCGACGCUGUGGGAGUGUGCUGCUGGUCUCUGCUCUGUCACCUGCUGUGGUGAAGGCAUGGAUGCAUGGGGCGGAUAUCAGGGUCGAUGCGUCUGUGUUGGAGUUGAUGGGAGUUCGUUUGGAGGGUCUGGUUCCUGCAACCAUACUGCCCUUACUACUCACCAUGGUGUUUUAUCUGGGUCCUCUGGUUCACUCUGCGAUGGACAACCCUGACGGCUUCACGGGGGAGCUGAAGUCUGCAUUCGAUGUGAGGUCCUGGAGGUUGUGUGUGGGGGAUGCAGUGUGGAUCAGGAACCAGGUGGUGGCACCAGUGACGGAGGAGCUGGUGUUCAGAGGAGCCAUGCUGCCCAUGUUGGUGCCCUGCACAGGACCCACCGCUGCCAUCUUCACUGCUCCUCUCUUCUUUGGUGUCGCUCACUUCCACCACAUCAUAGAACAACGGCGCCUCCACAAGGACAGCAUGAGAGUCAUCCUCUUGGUCUCAGGGAUGCAGUUCUUAUACACGACUGUGUUCGGUGCCUUCACUGCCUUUAUUUUCAUGAGAACUGGUCACGUCGUGGGUCCAGUUCUGUGCCAUUCAUUCUGUAACAGUCAGGGCCUCCCUGACAUCGGCUCUGCUCUUCAACACCCUCAGAAGUCAGCUCUGCUCUUUUCGUACGUGAUGGGUUUGCUGCUGUUUCUUGUGCUUCUCUUCCCGCUGACAGACCCCUUUUUCUAUGGUGCCGUUCCUGUCUGCAGCCUGGCUCCCCCUCCGGCCUUUGUCUGCCAGAUUCUGUGAAAUUAAAUAUACGCCCACAUUUUUAAUGCACUGUUUUUACAAUGAAGUUCAUUUUGUGUUGGGGUUUCAAAUAAAAGAGUAUUUUUAUAUAUAAA